GGGGCAGCGGCUGUCUCUUUCAGAUAACAUAAUCUGCAGAAUAACAUAGACCCUUGGACCUGUAAAUGGUGAGCUUCAGGGACAUGGGACUCAGAACAGUCAGAGAGUAGCACUGUGCACACUGCUGGCACAGGAUAGCGUUCUGACUAUGGGUAGCAUCAGCAAAGAGCACGGUGUUGCCACUGAUAGCCGCCAGCUUCAGGAACGCCGCCUCAGCUCCAAAGAACCCAUUGUUAUUGACUACAGGACCCUGAAGAGGGACUACCAUCACAGGGUAUUUGUGAAUCGCAGCUUGGCGUUGGAGAAGAUAAAAUGUUUUGGUUUUGAUAUGGAUUAUACACUGGCCAUGUACCGGUCCCCUGAUUAUGAAGAACUUGGCUUCGAGUUGCUGUUGGACAGAUUGGUAUCCAUCGGGUAUCCCCAUGAGAUCUUGGAGUAUAAAUAUGACUCCACUUUCCCAACAAGAGGCCUGGUGUUUGACAGCAGCAGAGGGACCCUGCUCAAAGUUGACUCCAAUGGAAACGUCCUUGUCUGCACUCAUGGUUUCCGCUUCUUAAAAGGGGCAGAAAUAUUGGAAAUCUAUCCAAAUAAAUUCAUACAGAGGGAUGACACCAAGAGAUUUCAUGUCCUCAACACACUCUUCAACCUAUCUGAGACAUACCUCUUCGCCUGCCUUGUGGAUUUCUUCAACAACUGUCCCCGUUACAUAAACUGUGACACCGGCUAUCGCCAUGGGAACUUGUUCAUGUCAUUUCGGAGCAUGUACCAGGACGUGCGAGAUGCAAUGGACUACGUGCAUGACUCGGGUUGUCUAAAGGAGAGAACCCUGAAGAAUCUGGAGAAAUAUGUCCUGAAAGACGCACGGACCCCUUUGCUACUCGGUCGGAUGAAGGAAGUUGCAAAAGUCUUUCUGGCUACAAACAGUGAUUAUAACUACACAGAUGCCAUCAUGUCCUAUUUGUUUGAUGUUGGGUGUGACACACAAAAUAAUAAUGAUCCCAACCAGAAAACAUGGCGUUCCUAUUUUGAUCUGAUUGUUGUGGACACCAGGAAACCUCUCUUCUUUGCAGAGGGAACAGUUCUACGUCAGGUGAACACGGACAAUGGGAAGCUGAGAAUCGGAACGUACACGGGCCCCCACCAGCACUGCGCGGUGUACUCAGGAGGCUCCUCCGACAUUGUGUGUGAACUGCUUGGCAUGAAGGGCAAGGACAUCCUUUACGUGGGAGAUCACAUCUUCGGCGACAUCCUGAAGUCGAAGAAAAGGCAGGGGUGGAGGACCUUCCUCGUAGUGCCCGAGCUGGCCAAGGAGCUCGAAAUCUGGGCUGAAAAGAGCGAGCUUUUUGGUGAACUGAAGAGCCUGGACAUCUUUUUGGCAGAAUUAUAUCAACACAUGGACAGCGGAAGCAGCGAGCAUCCGGACAUCAGCUCCAUCCAGAAGCAGAUCCAGAAAGUUUCGCAUGAGAUGGAUAUGUGCUACGGGAAGAUGGGCAGCCUGUUCCGCUGCGGGUCCCGACAGACUCUCUUCUCCAGCCAGCUGAUGCGUUAUGCUGAUCUCUAUGCUGCUUCCUUCAUAAACCUCCUGUACUAUCCUUUCAGCUAUUUGUUCCGGGCUCUCCCAGUGCUGAUGCCACAUGAAUCCACAGUGGACCAUAUCAGCAUGGACGGAGCAGAUCCUUCAAAGCAAAUUGGAAAACAUUUGCACCAACAACUCAACUUGUACGGAAAACAGAGACUAAAGCAACUGAUGCACGAAGUAGGUGAAGAAGAUGAUGAUGUUUGAGCAGUGUUACCUUCGCUGGAAUAUUCCGAUCUUUUUAGAUUCUACAAGAGUGAUUUACCUUCCCCCACAGAGCAACUCACUCAGAACCCAUAAGCACAUGAAUGGUUUUGGAAAGUAUGGACAAACGGCACAAGGUGAGGCAGGGCUUUGCAUUUAUGGCCAGUUGUCUUUGGACUCCAUCUCCUGUUCUCCCAAACCAGACUCGGGUCCCCCGGUGCUGACUCACAGAAGAUAACUGCCAAGAGUUUAGGAAACAGCAUUUUACUUUUUUAACCAUUUUUUUUUACUGGAAACACAUAAAUGGAACAUUAAGACUAAAUUUAAAGACUCUCCACACCUUUCAGUGCUGCACGUGUGUUCAACAUGACACAAGGCUAGCACUUGAAGAGUUAACUAACUGGAUUGAAUCACUUAAUAGCACGGCGGGGAGCGGUGAUAUACUUCACUUAGCUUAAAUUAGUUUUAUACACUCGAUAAUAAUGCUUUUAUAUUAUACAUCUUCCAUGCAUGGCAAAAUCUUAUUGUCUGUUCCAGUCACAGAUUCACUUUCUACACAAUUAAAAAAAAAAGAAGUUUAUUGUCUUCAAGUAUAAGCAAACAAUAAAAACAUCAAUUUUAA